AUGGCGAAAAAGAAAAUAGAAAUAUUUAUUGAAAACCAGAAAGUAACGAAGGUAUUACGAGGUGUCAACAGCUUGAAGUUCGCUGAAGUAGCCAAGCAAGAGUUGUAUUACUACAAAAACCAACUAGAGGGCGUUGUUUUCGAUCGGCCUAUGUACGAAAUAGACGAACCCACACCUGAUGAAAUGGAUUGGAUGAACGCUCGAGCAGCGGUAAAGGAGCAAGAGAUUAUAUCUUCUACUGCUCGUCGCGUGGCUCGUCAAGCGGCACGGAAGCGGCACCGAGCCGAGCUGAUGGUACCACAUCUGCGAGAAUUGAACUUCGUACUCUUCUGGCCUCAUUGCAAGCAUGCGCAUCCUGAGCUGUAUGAAAGAUGGGAUGUGAACAACAUAAUAAUGGUAGGUCGUGAAGAAAUACAAUUGACUAAGGAAAUAGCACUGGAUAUAUUGUACGCUGGUGACGCGCCGAUAAACGAAGCGUCCAUGUACGAACUGUUGAACGGCGAAGCUUUAGCGAUAUGCUUCAGAUUGCUCGACACAGAGAAACAUUUCGUUUCUUUAGUACGUAAAAUCCUUUACGAAGAGAUACCGCAAUACGAUGAAAACAAGAGUUUAGAAGACCAACUGCCGGCUAUGACUGCAUUCGAUUUUUACAAAAGUUAUAGCCCGACAAAAGAGGAGAUAUUGCAACGAAAACAAGAAGAAAGGAUGAAACAGAAGGAAGAAAUCAAAGAGAAUCGGGCUCGGCGACUCUCUGAGAUGCAACGUCUGGCCCGCCAAGCUAUCGAGGAGGCAAGAGAGCGUAAGAGAGCUGAAAAAGAACAACAUAAGUUGGAACUGUUAAAAGCUGGGAACCUUUCUGCCUUAGAGCAGUUGAAAAUGGAACCAAGUGAAGAAAAUAUAUCAAUCGUUGUUCCAGAGCAACUCUCAGAUGAAGAAGUGAGCGAUGAAGAAGAAAUCGACAUAGGCUACUGUCCCCCUCCAGGUCUAUUGAUACCUGGCUUCUAUGCCCCUCCAAACGACAUCGCUAAGGCUAACGCGUUGGCCAUUUUAUUUCCUAAGUUGGUCCAUGAGCACGUGACACCUCAAUCCGAGUUCCUGCCGCCUCACGUUUUAGUCAUGCUUGAUAUAAACAAACGGUACAAAGCUAUUGAUGUCCUGAAGCAUCACCGAAAUGCUGUAUUACACUUCGGUGUGUUCAGAUGCGAAUCGCCUUACAAAAGUGUUUUCACAGCGCAUAGCGUUAAGCAAUACGACACUAUAAUAGAUAAUGAUUCUAAGAAAUCUGUUGACGCAAAAAUAGCAGUCAUGCUGUCCGUGGAAUCUGAUCUGUCGCUCCUGGAGUUGAUGGACCUGGGACCGUGCCACGUCAGCCGCGACGUCCGCGCUGGCGAGGAAGAGUGCGCCGCCAUGUUCCCUGUGGAAUACGGGGACGAAUUUCCAGAAUUUGAAGAUUUCGAUUAGCAAUUUUAGAGUCCAAAAUUGUGUCCCAAAGCAUUGUUUAUUUGUUUCAAAGACCGUUAAGAUCUUUUUUUAUUUUCUAAAAUUGUGUUUAUAGAUUGAUUGUUUGGAAUCUUUGUGUUGUUUGUAAUAGAUGUACAUGAGACUAA